CUCCUCAAUCAACACUUUCUUGGUACAAACACAGCAAACCAUCAAAGAUUCCCAAAUAUUUUCUCUCACUUUCUAUCACUUUGCCGGAAAAUGUCGUCAUGCAGCAAAAUCCGCCACAUUGUCAGACUCCGCCAACUGAUGCGGCGGUGGAGAAACAAGGCGGCGGUGUCGGCCCGUCGCAUACCGUCGGACGUGCCCGCGGGACACGUGGCAGUCUGUGUGGGCACCAAUUGUAGGAGGUUUGUGGUGCGCGCGACGUACCUGAACCACCCCGUCUUCAAGAACCUGUUGGUUCAAGCCGAAGAGAAGUACGGGUUCACCAACACAGGCCCAUUGGCCAUCCCAUGCGACGAGUCACUCUUCGAGGAGAUACUCCGAUUCUUGUCCCGAUCCGACUCGGGCAACUCGGGCCGGUUCACGAGUCUCGAGGACUUCCAGAGAUACUGCCACGUGGGCAUCCGAAGCAAUCUUGAUUUCUGGCCUGAAUCUCGACCACUUCUUCAUGGGCUCGCUGAUAAAUCCAUUUGGUGAGCAAUGAAUGGGCUCAUUCAUAUGUUGAGAGUUUUACCCGGAGUUGACUCGUCCGAGUUAACUCGUCCACUGAGUGGAUGGGGGUUCGGGAUUAUUUACCAAGUGAUACCAAAAGAGUUGAUGGGUUCUGAUAAUUUUUCCUUUAUUUUUUUUUUAUAUAUAUAAAUUGUUAUGUAAUUUGUUGGGUGAUUAAUGGGGGUGGUGAGUACUAAGCUGAGACCGGUUUACUCUGGAGAAUGUAACGGAGAUGGCAAAUAGGUGGCCGAGUUACCACCGAGUCGUCCUGGUUCGAAUCGGAGUGAGAUACAUUCUUUAUGGAAAAAAGAAAAGAAGUGAAUAUUGAGUCACUUUUUGUAAAUUCAGUGAUUUAUUGCUUGAUUAAUGGAACUUGUAAAGAAUUUGAGCAUGA